CUGGAUUGUUUCCCAUAGUGCUCCGGGGAACACGGCUCCCGGCCCAAUUUAAGCCUGCGCGCGCGGCUUUGUGGGAGUUGUCCUCAGGUAUUCGUUUCCGGUGGUGGUCCGGGAGGCCGAGCUUCCGGCGGCUGCGGGUCGGCGCGCGCUGCCGCGGCCCGGGUGACUUUGCGGAGCCAUGGAGGGCGGCUUCGGCUCGGAUUUCGGGGGCUCCAGCGGUGGGAAGUUGGACCCGGGACUCAUCAUGGAGCAGGUGAAGGUGCAGAUCGCCGUGGCCAACGCGCAGGAGCUCCUACAGCGAAUGACUGACAAGUGCUUCCGGAAGUGCAUCGGGAAGCCGGGAGGCUCUCUGGACAACUCAGAGCAGAAGUGCAUCGCCAUGUGCAUGGACCGCUACAUGGACGCCUGGAACACCGUGUCCCGCGCCUACAACUCGCGGCUGCAGCGGGAGCGAGCCAACAUGUGAGUGCCACGCAGACCACGGUGGACACCCACCUCCCCCUCCACCCCCCCGGCUGAGCUGUGACCUCGUGAGAGACCACCGCAACACCGCCGGCGGACUCGGAGACGCCGGGCAUCUCCAUGCUGGCUCCCGGGGACGGUGUCGCCGUCACAAGACUAGGGCUGAAGCUAGACACCGCUGCACACGCCUGGCAUUCCUGAGACCCGCGGGAGGAUGAGGCAGGGGGAUUGUGACAAGGUUGUGGCCAGCCUGGGACCAUGUAGCAAGACCAUUUUUUAUUCCUGGGAGGUGGGGCGGGUAUUGACGUUUAGGAGGCAGAGUGUCUGCCUAGCCCAUGUUGGUUUUGAACUCACAGCAAUCCUUCUGUCUUAGCAGCUCAUUUUCCUGGGAUUAAAUGUGUAAGAUACUA